CGCAUUGGGUGGACCCAACCGUAGUGACGCCUCUGCUUUCUGUGACGGUACCAUACUCUUCUUUUGGAACUGUAAAAAUCGCAUAUUAGAAAUUCCUUUGGAUGAUAUCAUAAAAAUCUUAUUCUACAUAUUUCAGGCUUUGAAACAGCAUUAUGUAUGCCUUUUACUUUGCAUAGCAGACAAAAAAGGGGAAAAAGCACAUAUGAAUCGCUGACGCUGAAUCUGACAUAUUAAACAAAUAUAUUAAAACAAUAUCACAAUUAUUAACAAAUAAAGGGACACAAUUGUUGCUCGCCGACUACGUGUCGAAAAUUAACACUUAAAGGCAUCACUGAAUUUUGAAAUUAAAAAAAAGUUUCUGUGUAGCGAUGAAAAAUUACCCAGGCACCAUAAUGGAAAUGUUCGUUCUGAUGGAUGCCCUCCAUUAACUACUCUGCGGCGCCUUAUCAAAUUUCUGAAAAUUCUUAUUAGAGCUCAGCUGAUGUAUUGAAAUACAUGUACAGUCUACAUUAUAUUAGAUUGUUCUUUCAACACGACAGUAGUGUUUCUACGAGUGCAUGCGUACAGUUAACCUGGUUGAUAUAUCACGCUGAUAUUUUAGUGGCACGUUGACAUAAUGUAAGUGCUGAUGUGUUCUUAAUGUAGAUGUGCUUGUGUUGUUAGUGCAGAUAUUACGCUAGGAACUCUUUGCAUACUUCGUGAUUUCAUCAAGCCUUACUUUUCCAAGGAAUUGAAGUAGUAAUAAAAAGGUAUUACAGUUCCACAGUUGACUGCAAACUCUUUUUUUAAAAAGGGGAAAAAAAUUUGGAAAAAAAAAAAAAAACCCCCCCCCCAAAAAAAAAAAAAAAAAGUAAAUUUAACAUUUAAACAAUUUAAAGGCUAUGAUAGCCAGAAGGGACAUUACAUAGCAAAGGUGACUGUCGACAUGAGUAACCUCAUUUUAAAUCGAUAUCCAUUUAUUUACACGAUUGGAAGAAAGAUCGAUAUGUUUGCCUUAUUUAUUACCUACUGCAGACGACACAUGUUGUUGUAUAGGGUGUUGGGUGCUGGGCUUAACAUGUUGCAUUACUAUUUGUGAACUGUAUGGGAUAUCCCCGUAUUUAUCUAUGAAAGAAACUAUAUGAGUUUAACCUUACUAUGCAUUAGUCGACCCUUUAAAAAUAUUGACAUUGAUGAAAGGAAUUUUACCACAUUUUACAGGCUCGUUAUUCAUCAAAGUAAAAGUAAUACCAUAAUGUACUAAUAUAUUUAGUUACGUUAAGAAAUAAAAUUGAUUCUGAUGAAAUUGACUUAGUAGACCUUCUCUUGUUUAGAGUAGUGUAAGUAUUAGAUUCAGCUAAGAACUUUCAUAUUAUUGAAAAGUAGGCUUUAAUAUAAUCUGUGAAUCAUGUUUUAUUUUUCAGCUAGAUUGAGGGCAAGCUUAGACUUAGGAAUAAGUUAUGGUUUAGUUAAAUAAUAAUUAAGUAUUAGGUUUCAACUUAAUUUAAUAUUCUUUAUUUACUUUAGUUUAAACUUUACUAAACUUUGUCCGUGAAAUAACCAAAUAUAAAAAUACUUUUUUAAAAUAUUAAAUCAUUUGCCAAUUUUUAAUGUUCAAAAAGCAUUUGGUAAGUUUUUUUUUUUUUUUUUUUUUUUUUUUUUUUUUUUUUUUUUUUUUUUUUUUUUUUUUUUUUUUUUUUUUUUUUCCUUUUUUUUUUUCUUUUUUUUUGUUUUAUUUUUUUUUUUUUUUUUUUUUUUUUUUUUUUUUUUUUUUGUUUUUUUUAUUUUUUAAUUUGUUUUUUAAUUUUAGUUAUUAUUAUUAGUUAUUUUAUUAUAUUUUAUUUUUUUUUUUUUGCUUUAAAUAUUUAAUAUAAAUUCAGUUUUAUGGUUAGAGUAUUUAAGAUAUUUAUUGACACAAAUGGGUUAAAGAAUGUUUGUUAGGGUUCAUGACGUUAGGGACUAUUUCAGUUGUAUAUAGUGCAUUGGGUAACGCAUUGCAUUUAUAUUAGUUUUUCUAUUUAAAUAUUUUUAGAGGAAUGUUCGUUCAUUAAUUUAUGAUAAAUAAUGUUAAGAUAUAAUUCAGUUCAAUAAGCAACAACAGAAAAGAAAAAUAUUAGUUUCCUAAACAAUCAUUUCGACAUAUGAAGCGUAAUCAAUUUAAUAUUGUCAUAAUGUGUAUAUUAUUAAUUUCUAAAUUUUGUUAAUUGAAACUUUCAAAAAAAUUUUAAGGAAAAUUAAAAUUCUGCAGUCUCUAUGUAAGAAAGGUGAAUAUAUUUUUUGAAAUCCUUUGGCUUAGGUUUGACACGGCAAGUUUCUUACGGCUGGAUUUAAAGAUACAAAGGUAAGCACCAUCUGGUGAUAAUCAGUCCCCUUUUGUCUGUUUUUGAUUGAAAAUAAAGAGUUCUUAUAUAUCUAGUUUUCUAUAUAAAUUUAGAUGCAAUGAUUUUAGUCAGCUCUCAUUUUUUUUUUUAGUUAAUAAAGGAUUUUUAUAUGAGUAAAAAUACCUUACAUAUUGUACCUGGAAUUUCAACUUGAAACAAAAUUGAAUAAUGUAAAAACUAUAAAAUUAUUAUUACAAAUGCAUAUUUGCGGGUUUUCAAUUUUUGAAUCUAAAAGUAUGGAUUCGUAACCUCGUUUCCGUAGUUUUAGAUUCAGAAAUUCAAAUACAGCCCUUAUUUUAUUGGAUACGAUAUUGCUGGUUAUUUAUCUGUGAAAUAUCAUUAAACGCCUUAUUAUUUAAUUUAAAAAAAAUAAUUGUGUGUUAAAAUUGAUCAAACAUUUUUUUUUUUCUUUGACCGCGGACUAGUGAGCCAUUUUCAAAAGACAAAUAGGCCUUGCACCUGGAGCUGUCCCACCCAUAUCCUGCACUUUCUGAAACAGAUAUUUUCUAGCAAGAAUCUGCUGAUCUGCUAUCUGCGCACCCAUACAUACAGCCAGAACAACACGCCGAUGUUUUAAAUGGUCUUGGUCGGUUUCAAAGAAGAGAUUGUCAUUAUCAGAAGUAAGUCAUCAACAAUACACACAUUCUUCAUUCAGAUGUGCAUCAUAUAUAUGUGUCCAAUUUAACAUGCAUGCUAAUCAACAGUAAUUCGUGUAGCUUACAUAUACUAAAAUAUUUAAUCUGUUCAAAAUAAGAAGAUAAACAAGAAGCUGGUUAUAUUAUAUAAAGCUUCCUACUCUAUGUAUAUCUAUACACAUUCUGUUAAACCGGCGUUUGUAUAUCAUUGUCGUUUGCAUUGCCCGACAUGUCAGUUAUAAAGGUAAACUUACCUGCUGACCUCAUUUCUUCACUAUCCGAGCCAGAGACGUCAUUCACUAUUCGAGGGCACCGGCUCUGUCACGAUUAAGUCAUUAUAAUCCAGCAGAUAAAUCAAAACAGGAACGAUAUUCUGAUCGUGUCUAUACAACUGAGUUUUUCAAAGAAUUGAAGCUAACAGACAACAUGAAAGUCCAUUCAAUCGACAUUUAUUUUCUUUUCUUUUUUUUUUUUUUUUUUUGACAUUUAUUUUCUUUUCUUUUUUUUUUUUUUUUGUUUGUAGUAAAAUCACUCACAAGGAACUUUUUGUAAUAGUAAGCAAAUAUAUUAUGGAAUUACGUGAAAGUGUCGCUAACAGAUCUCUGGAAACCACUUUGUAGAGGAGCUUACAAACUCCAAAUUUUUAAGUUUCAUUUUAAACAAGUCAAUUCUUCGCUGACCGCAAUGCAUAUAUUAAAAACUACGAACCAAGUAAAUGGCGUAUGCAUUUAGUUCCUUUUUUAUUAUUGAAAAAAAAAAAAGAUUCACACGAUAUGUCUGGAUAUAUAAUUAGAUGUUAAGUUUUGCAACAAUAAUUUUAGUUCACAAUAUUGGUUGGCCUAGUAAUGAUGACAUAACUUGUUUUGGAUUUUACCAUUUUUAAUGGAAUAUAAAAAUCAAGUAAAUGAAUAUUUAAUAGUUAAACUGUUAGCUACAUAAAUAUCCAUUGAUGUGUCUAAAAUGCAUAGUCAUUUGAUUUUAUUUUCUUCUCUACAUUAAACCAGAGACCACAUAAUGUUCAAUUUAUUGUUCAAUACAGUUGCUAUAUUGCUUUUAUGUGGUAAGUCAAAGUAUAGAGAUGUAAAAUAUUAAAAUAUAAUAAAUAAAUGAUGCGUUAUACAACAGUUCAAUGUGUAAAACUUAAAAUCAAAAGAAGUACUACAUUAUUUCAGUUGUAUUUUUAAAGGAUAUAAUUGUAGAUGACUGGGUUCUAUUGCAAUCCAGUAAAAUAUUAUUUUUAAAAUGAUAUAUAUGCAUAUACAAAUCUUGUACAUAUACCAUGAAUUUAUAAAUUUAAUUUUUUAAAAAUCAAUACAUUAUGAGAUUCCUGGUCUCAUUUUUGUUGGCACCUUAAAGUAUCACAAGCAAUUUUACGCAUCAGUGGAGAAAUCCAUGGGGAGCGCAGCACCCCUUUCUUUGAAACUACUAAUUGUGGUUCAACUUUCACACAACAUUUCUUUUUUUAAAUUGAUAUAUAUUCUCCAAUUCAUUUAUAGUAAGUGUACAAAAAUAUAUUUGACGACUCUUUAUAUUUUGUUUCUUAAGCAUUUACACAUGGACAAACGAUAAACUUAUAUAAAGUCAAACAAGAGGACAUUGGAUCCAAAUGUGUGCAUGGUCUGAUCAGUGGUGAUUCAGUUGUCUUCAAAGCUGUGGUUGAUUACUCAAAAGAUCCACAAAUGAGUUAUGUUCAAAUUUACAUAAAGAAAACAACAGAUGCCUUACCUACUGUAAGUCCUCUCCAAAAAUCAUCAGUCCAACUAAUUAUAUAGCAAAACGAAUGUUGAUGAUAGACGUAUAAAUGUAUUAUUUUCAGAUGACACUUUAAAUAUCACCACUAACAAGAAGAAAAUCAGUUAACUGAAACUCGGAUAAACAAACCAUUAAUUAAACAUGUAUUUGCUUAACUUAUUGUUUUUUUUUUAAAUGAUAUAAAAAGUGACUUAUGGUCUUAAAAAUAUCAAUUGAAGUUGUCAUUUUUUUUAAACAGUGUUGAUUUGUAUGAUUAUUUUUUUUUACUUUGUUUUUGUUAAGUACACUGUAAGGUGUUUUCCAUAUAAUGAUUGAAGGUAUUGUGUUUGUAUUUUCCAACUACUGGGACGUUUUGCACAUUUGUUUUUGGAAUGUUGUUGUUUUUUGUUGUUGCGCAGUGCUUUAUUACUUAAUGGGUUUCUCCAUGCAUCAUAGAAUUUGGAAUCGGUCAAAUUUAUGAUAAUUGAUACUAUUAAUAAAGUAUUUUUUUUUCCCUUUCAACACAAGUAAUGCAUGACGAUAUAUUCUUCUCUGCCUUAACAACAACCGCCCCAACCUCAUGAUCUCUUAAAUAUACUCCCCAAAUCAAAGCGAAUUACCAUAAAAAUAUCCGCGGGACGUUUCAUAACCAUAUUGUAUUAUCUUGAUAUCAAAUGCGUUAAGACUCCUGUUUACAAUCUGUUGCCCAUCUUGUCAUGAACUAAAUAUCUUCUCCAACAUUCUCAUUUAUAUCUCCUUAACACUCUGUUCGUAAACCUCGUCUGUGGACAUAAGUACAUUUACAACUUUCCCAUUCUUAAUUUUAAUAAAUUCCUCGCAAAACCUUUUUUAAUAUCGUAGGGCCCAAAAAAAUGUAUAUUGCUUCUGUGAUUUGUGCAAAGGUGUUUGUAGGCAAUAUUUCAAGGAAAAACCAAACACUGUUCCAGAUAUGAGACGUCCGACUUGAGCUGUUUUCACAACAAAAAUAUUUACAUUGUUAAUAUAUUUUAAAUGGAAAUAAUACACAAAAAGAUGUUGAAUUUAAAUAAAUAUAUCUUAAGAAUAACUUAUUGUUUACAGAUCAAAGGUAUGCCCUUUGCCAAGCGUCAAAAAAUUUGGGGGAGAAAACGGAAUAUUACCCAAACAUAUAUUUACUCUCUCGGGAAAACAAAACGUGAAUGUCGUUCAUAGACUCGCGUCCUCGCUUUAAUAUACAAAAAUAUAUAGGCAGCUAUUUAAGGCAACAUAUAUUGCAUAAAACGAUUAAUACGAAUUAGUAGAUUCCAAUAGAAUUCGUACAUAAACACAUGACACACAAGCAUGUCUUCUUUUUCUUCUAUAUACGAAGGUACCAAGAUCAAAAUAUUGAUUAUUCUAGUUCCUGUAGGAAUUAUACACUGCUACAUUAUAUCAAUAAAGAAAAUUAAUUAAUUCAGCAAUGUAAUAUUAAUUUUUAAAAAAAAAAUAAAUUCAAACUAAAUGACGAGUAGAUUCCAAAACGAUUGUGCUAUAUUGAAGUCACUCCUUCCUGAUGUAUAUAUAUAUAUAUAUAUAUAUAUAUAUAUAUAUAUAUAUAUAUAUAUAUAUAUAUAUAUAUAUAUAUAUAUAUAUGUUAUACUUUUAACACACCUGUCAUUUAUUCUUCUAUUAUAUUAGACUUACUUGGGCUAUAUAUUUAUAGAUGUGUGUCGUUGCCCUCGGUGACUGAGCUGUAACAACUUGUUAGAAUUAAUUUCAAACGUUUAAGCGCAAAAUAUUAAUUUGUAAAUAAUCUUUGUAUUUACAUCUGGAAUAAUUAAUAAACUUUAAUCUAAGUAUAUAUUACAUGCAAGUAAAUUUUUUAGCUGCUUGUCACAAUUCGAUUGCCUGUUGUAAGUCUUAUGUCUCAUGUCGUGAGGUCGGGUUAUUAUCUGAGUUAUUGUAUUUUCAUUGAUAUAAUAGUCUCAAUGUUUAUAUCAUUUUAAAAUAAUAUAUUAUUUCAUUAACUAUUUUUAAUAUUUAAAAUAUUAUUUAAUAUUUCAGACCAAGGAGUAUAAUUUACAAAAAGACUGUUACGGUGUCAUGACAGAUUGCAGACAUAUUCGAUCACAUAUUGCUGAAAUUACUAUAACAGUAAUUGCUACAAAAAUGUACAGUGCUGCAAAAAUAUAUGGAAAACUUAUUACUUCAAACUCAGAGUAUAUUGAUAGCAAAUACCUUCAUUUUCCUAAAAUCUAUGGUAAAAUUCAUGUCAUGUGUAAUUUUCAAUGCAUAUAUUAAUAGAUAACUUUAAUAUGCACGUACAAUUAAAAACAAAUAAUAAUAAUAAUAAUAAGAGGUCAUAUAUAGCACGGUAUCCUUAGGAUAAAUGUGUAAAAAACAUUUUCAUUACGUGGUAUACUGAAGAGUGUUUGAUCGUCUAUCCAGCGGUAUGAGUGUCACUUGACAUAAAGAGUGAUUUUGAAUGGCACACGAAAGACCAAAGAUAAUACAAAUAUGUUAUAUAAAAUAUUGUAGACCAGAAAGAAUGAAGGACUAAUGGCUAGCUAAUUAAAUUAGAAAUCCUACUUUGACAUCAUCAUUCCAACAUUCUGCCAACACUAAUCUCUAAUUUUAAAGACAAUUCUUUAUUCUCUAAUCUUCAGUAUCACAACCAACACAGACCCAAGUUUCAAAUCUUAAGUUAGGUGUACCCGAAUUUAUUUGAUCAAUCAGAAUACUUUAUCAAAUGCAGUUCAUUCUUGGUCCUACUGUCGUUCAUGGGAAGUCACUAAUAAGUUUUGUUUAUUGCAUAAUGUUUUUAUCAUGCUUUGUGUCUUUUGAGUGAGUUUUUAGUUAAUUAACGCCUUCUACCAUCUACUUGAUGACGUAUAUUUAUUGUAAGUAUUAUAUUUAAUGUCUAGAAUGUCAUUGGCGUGUUUGCAUAUUCGUCAGCUGUAAUUACAAGAACAUUGUGUUUUAAAGUCGAAUAGUAUUGCUCUUCCAUAUAGUCAAUUGUGUUAUUGAUGCGUUUCAUUAAAUGUUCAACUUUAUAUGUAUGCAUAUAUUAAUUUUACAUGAUUUAUGGAAAAAAACGUUUGUUCAUUUCGGUUUUAAUACCACGUAUGAGCGUGUGAAGAAUAUGAUGAAUCAAACCAAUCAAAAAGCUCGACUGUUACUCCUACUCGCAUCAGAAAAUAUAACCAUUUAAUGUGUCGACCAGAGUGACCCAUGCACCUCACUAAAACGAAUAGUUAAAUCUAGAAAAAAAUGUGUAUUGACUGACACAAAUGUAUCACAAAUAAAGACUGAAUGAAAAGGUUAAGAUCAUUUACUCAUGACUGGGUAACUCACAUGGUAAGCCGUGCCCACCGGCUUUUUCAGUAAUCAAUAAGUCGGGUUUAGACAAAUUGGACAAUUUAAUUCUAACCCAUUACCAUUUUAGUUCAAAACACAUCGAAAUAAUUCCAAUCAGAGUAUUAACAAUUAAUUUUUCCUUAGAUGUUUCAGAUAUAAAGAGUACCCUGAUAGUAAAUGGAAAACAGUUAUCUACUGACGUAGAUAAAUGGGUUAUCAGUGUUAAUGUAACCGAAAUUAACAUUGUGUGCCUCUGUGAAAGUCAAGCUUCUCCGUGUUUGAUUGAGAUCUCAACACGUGAUACUACAGAAUCAGUGGAAGGAAAUGGAAGCGCUAUAUACAAUACCAAGGUUAAUCAGACACAAGAUAUAUAUGUCACCAUAAAAUAUGGUGCGUGCACAUUAGAUAGGGCCCCAACUACCAUUCAUUGUUCAUUAAAAGCAGGUAAGAUGUAAUUUUUCAGGCAAAUAAAUACUUAAGAAAUGUUAAUUUAAAUUAAAAGUAAAAGUUAAUGAUUUUAAAUUAUUUUUUUUUAAAUGCCAUUUAUAAAAAAAUGUGAUUACACAUAAUGCUAAUUAAUAUUAUGUAUGCAUAUGAACAUUUUCACUCUUGACAAAACAUUAACAUUACUUGUUGAGAAUAAGUUUAAUAUUUAGUAGUUUUAUAUUUUCUUAAAGAUAAAUAUAUGAAGCCAAUUUUAAAACAAAUAUGUAUUAUACUUUUCAUUGGCAAUAUAAGGUAUUUAAAAAUUAAUUUCCCUUAAAAUAUAAUAGAUAUAUAAAUAUGUGGUGUGGUUAACUACGGCAAGUUCUGUGAGGGGCAUUGAAGUUUAGAGUAAAAGUGAGCAGCCGUACUUUUUUUUUUUCUUUACAUGAAACUAAAGUAAAUAAAAAGCUUUUUUUUUUAAAGAGUCCAAGUAUAGCUGCAAUAAUCUAAACAUUCCCAUAGUAUAUCACCGAAAUCAAGUUAUUCAUAAAAGCCUAGACAAGAAUACAUGAAGUUUCUUGGAGAACAAGUGUGUAUACUUGAUUUGAAAUUUCAAACAAAAUUGAGACAAAUUUUAAUCGAGAAAUACAUCAGAAAAAAGAUAUACUGAAUUAUCUUUUUUUAAGUCUUCAAAACCUAUUUUUAAAGAAAAAUAAACGGAAACAUAAAAAAAAAAUAUCAGCUAAAAUAACUUACAUUGUGAGUAUGGGCUCUGCAGUGAACAACACGUUAAUUAAUGUUUUCUUUAAUAUUUCAACUAAAAGGACAUAAAUAAAAAUAAUGAACUAGCAAGAGUCUUAUUUAUAUGUAAUCAUUUGGCUUUUUCGACAGAUCAAAAUUCAUCCACAGACCCAGGCCCAAUUGCAUGUUAUAUGAGUAAAACUUUUGAAAUGCAAGGAUGUCAAAAUGCAAUAUUGAUCACUGCUGCAGUGACAAGCAUAUCUAUAUUAGUGAUUAUUGCCAUUAUCUAGUAAGCAUCGUAAAAAAAAUUAAUAUUUUCUUUCGUAAAAAAUCUAGGUAUGCCUCUGCACCCUUUUUGCAAAUCCAUCAAAUAAAUUAACAUUUCUAUGGCCAAUCUCUGUUUCGUUAUGCCAUACAUUUUUUAAAAAAAUGUUUAAACCAUGUUUCCAUACAUUUAAAUAAUAGUAUUGCUUAUUUUAAAAUCCAUACCAAUGUUCAAAUAUGUAAAAAAAUCGCGUUUAGAGAUAUUGAUAUUAUGUAUGUUAGAAAAAUAUUAACAUAAAAUGGUAAAAUAAAUAGUGUAAAAUGUCAGUAAUGAUAAUUGUAAUAAUACAUUAAAUUAUGUAUUAUUUUGGUUCAAAUGUUAUGACUUAAACGACGUAACCUACGCUUAUGGGAAAAAAAAAGAAUGUAACUACUCUAACCUUGAUUAAACAAAUAAUCCUUAACCUUAAAAUGUAAAAAAAAAUAGCAAUAAAAAUAAUAAUUGAUAAUGCUCCACAUUAAAUUUUUAUUGGCCAUCUAUUUAAACAUUAAUUCUCAAAUUAUAGUAAAGUAUAGCAAUUUAAUUUUAUUCAAAAUUAUUUACGGUAUGUCAUGUGUUGGCUCAGGCAUCACAAAACAGCAAACAUGAUUUUACAUGUUUUAAACCUCGGAAAAUUUUAAAGGAAGUAAAUUAUGUUCAUUAAAUAUAGAUUUUCUUUUACGACUUUCCAAUUUAUUGUAAAAAUACUUUAACAGAAGGGAUCACCAUGUCGUUUCUGUGAUACAGACUUUGCGUUUUUCCUUUUUUGUUUUUUUUCCUGAAUUAUGACAAUGCAACGGAAACCUGAUAAUGUGAAAAACUGACAUCACGCACUUUGUUUACCCAAAAAACUUGAACUAUAUUAGAUUAUAAUGUACCAAACCCGCUUUUUCAGGCAAUGUACUUUCUGUAUAUAUUACAAAAAAUAUCUCAUCGUUUAUUUUAGUAAUUGUAAUAAAUACCAUUAUCUUUUUAUGUUGUAAAAUCGAUACAAAAAAUUAAUAUAUAAUAUAAAAUCGUAACUAUAUAUAUACUUAACGAAGUGGCUAUUCGGACCCGGGUCCACGAAGCAAGAGGUUGGGAUUAAAAUUUAAAAUUAAUAUUUUUGUUAGGUUUAAGACUAAAUUUUGUAUCAAAUAAAAGAUAAUUGAAUGAACUAUAUGUUAGUAAACUUACUUCUUCAGUUUAACUAAAAUAAAUUACCAAAAAAUUGCAUAUGUUUGUAAACUUACUUAUUCAGUUGAACUAAAAUAAACUACAAGAAAUGACAUCCGAAUUGCUUGAGUCUAAUGGAACCCGGGUCCGAAAAGCGGUGAUGAGUUUCGGCUCCUAUUUGACUAAAUUCUAUUCGAAAGUUUAAAAUCUAAACAUUUUUGGGUUGGAAAUAUAUGUCUUUCAAAGUUAGCCCCCUUUUCAAUGUUCCAUGCCUUUAACGGUCCAUAACUAUACUAAUUUUUGUAUGUCUCACUUACCAUUCAUCCCGCAUUAUACAGCUGUCGUUUUAUUUUACAUUCGUAAAUUUUAAGAAUAUUGUUUUCUGUUGAUACAUUAAACCAAAUCGAAAUUCAUAUCUAAAACAUAAUCAAGACUGGAGAUACUAAUAUGAAACUGAACUAAAUGCAGAUUCCCAGGAUUGAUUUCUUUAUACUUUAAAUGACUUUUGAAACAAUUUUUUUUAAAUGUCAACUUCCUAAUUUUUUUUCAAAAUAAAUUCACAUUGUUAGAUUUAAAAAAAAAUAAGUAAAACUUAUUUAAUAUUAAAGAUACAAAGCUUAUACAUUUGGUGUGUUAAAACAUUAUUGAACAUUUUAAAAAGAAAUAAAUUAAAUUUUCUGUAUUUAAAUAUAAAAAAGUUGGGGAAAAGGAAAUAAUGGAGCUAGUAAAUAAUGUUGAUUAUAUUUCUUAUUGUUUUUUUUUUUCAUUUCUCGUGUGUGAUGAUGAAAACUAACAGCCGAAACGUUAUCUUCUUAUUGUUCUGUUUGUAUAUUAUAAGUUUCCACAUACCUUGUUCCACUUUUUCUUUCACACAGCUUGAACGCACUCCUAUAUUAAUUAAUCUUUAUUAAAUGAAAAAAAAUCAUUAUAAGACCAAAUACACGUUGUGUCGGGAUGCGAUAUAAAGAGUUAGUUCUGAAUAUUUAAUAUUUAUAAUCUGCCAUUAAUGCUUUUCUCACAAGAGUUCCUUGUACGUUAUUAUACAUUUGUGAGUUGUUUUUUUUCACAGCAGAUAUGGUCAUAAUAUUUUGUAGAAAUAUGAAUGCAAAAUAAUUUGAUCACGAUCCAAUGACAUUCGCCAUUUAAAAUAAAUAUUAUUACCAAAAAUAAUAAAAAAUAUAAACUAAUUACUGUUUGCAAGUCUAUAUAUAAAUGUCAAGAUCUGGAAUGCGAAGUAAAUCAUAACUUUUUUAUUUCUUUAUGUUUGUUUGUUUUUUGUUUUUGUUUUUAUUUUGCCUUUACAUCCAUGAUUCACUUAUGUCUACAUUUUUACAAGCUUGUAUCGACAUCUAAAGCCCUCCGAGUACACAAAAGUGGUAAGAAUAAUUUUUUUUUGUUUUGAUAUUUUUUUUUUAUAUUCAAGUCUUUUACUAUGCACAAAACAUUCUUUUUAAAAAAGCAACGUAAAUUAAAAAGCAAAAAUUAUCUUUUGGAGAACAGUGCCAUUAGCAAUAUUUGUUUUUUGGUAAGGUACAACUAAGUAACAACUUUAUAUAUAUAUAAAUAUGUAUAUAUAUCACCCAGAAAAGGAUAAUUAAAGUUAGUUAAUAAAACUUAGUAAUGUGCUAUUCAUUGAUGUGUAUUACAAAAAAAAAAAACAUUUUAAAAAAUACAUCCAUUAAAAUUAUUCAUAUGACUAUGUACGUCAUCACGUUUAAGUUUAAAUUAUAUUUAAAGUCCUUUAGUUAUUUAUCUGAUAAGAUGGCAAUGAAUGGACUAUAAAUCCUUACGAUUCCAGCAUAGUUUAUCUAAAUUGUUUUUCAUAAAAUCAGCCAUUCGCUAAGGCGGUAAAAUCAGUAAAAUCGGAUAUGUCAUUUAUUAAUUGAAACAACGCCACUAUACAAUAUGUAUGUCAUAUUUUUUACGUCUAUUUUAAUAGACACUUUUCAUCUUAUAUAUAUAUUAAAAAGGUCUUAAGAUGUUUAAAAAAUGUUUUCUUGAUAGUAUUUAAUCAGUUAAUUAUGAUUAUAGUUUUGGAAAUAUUUUUUUUUACUUUUAGCUAAUUAAUAAUUGUAUUUUCAUUUUAUUUCAAGUUGCAACGAAGCUUUUCAGAUCAUAUGUCUCCAGAGGAAUCAAAAACGAAGACAUCUUUAUUAGGUAGGUGUUUAUGCAAGUUUGUGAUGGUUGUUAAUGUUAAUCAAUAUCAGCCGUUUAAUAUAUAUAUAUAUAUAUAUAUAUAUAUAUAGAUGUAUAUAUAUAUUAAAUAUAUAUAUGUAAAUAGAGAGUAUUUAUUUAUGUACGUGUAUAUCACGUAUAUAUAUGCAAACGUACAUAAAUCUCAGGCGUGGCCGGCUUAUAAGUGGCCUCUCUUCUGCCAAAUCUCCAUACAGCAAAAUUAUUGGAAUACUGCCUUCCUCCAUCUCCUUACAUGGCCUAAACUCUAGUUGAGAGCGAAUAAUAAGCGACACAUUUUUGCAGGAUCCAAGACCUCUGUGUUAGCCACCGUGUCUUGAUAUCCAAAAGAAAAAAAUGAGGCACAUAUAUCUUAGAUGGAAGCUGUUUUAAAGAUAAGAGAAGAUAAGAUUCUUUAUUGAUCCAAACAAAUGGAAAUGUUUUUUGAUUGCAUUGUACAUUUUUAGCACAUAUAAAAAUCAAUUUGAUAAAGCUUUUGGUAAUAAAUUUAUUCACUAGCAGCCAUUCCGUGAGUUCUCUUAGCCAUAUCAGGGACUUAUUAGUUUUCAUUAAAAUGUGUGACUUCCGGGGAAGCACGCUGGUAAAUUCGUACAGAUUGGUGAACAAAAGAAUGUUAAUAUCUCUCGGUCUUGGCCCUUAUGGAAAGAAUUCGUCCCGAACGGCCCGAUCCUAAGUAUCUGUGAUGAAGAGGGUGGCAUGUAUCAUCCAAAAUGUGUUAGGUUAAAAAAAACAUCUUUCUUCAAAUAAUUCUUCAAGUGUAGGAUGUUAAGUUUGUGUUAAGUUACUAGCUUUCUUGAUUAGUCGGUUUAUGCGUUGUUUAAUAUCAGACGUUGAAUUCCCUCACCAGCAUGUGAUACUGGAAUUAAGCAGUAUCCAAUAAUUCUUGCACUGUAGAAUAAGUUAACGACUUGCUUGUUUACGCCGAUAUUGUACAGUUUUUUGAGGUAGAACAGUCUUUGGUUGAAUUUCUUAUACAGCAUUGACCGUGCUCAUGCCAUGUUAGCUUAUCAUUAAUGGUGACGUCUCAGUUCUUAUACGCUUCUACUUUCUCUACACUUUGAUAUUUUUAUGUUGAGCUCAUUAAUCUGGUGUUCCCCUUUUCUGAAAUCAACAACCGUUUCCUUUUUUUUUUUUUUUGAGAGAUUCAGCUGGAGAAAAUUUUCAUUGCACCAAUUGAUUAGGCUUGUAACUAAGUUGUGGUAUAAGCAUUCUGUUUCAGAUAUUAAGCCAACGAUGGUGGUAUCAUCAGUGCAUUUUAAGAUUGGAAUGUUGUCGCUUGAGAUUUGAAUAUCAUUGUUAUAUAUUGUAUACAGUACAGGGGAGAGAACGCAGCCUUGUGGUGCCCUGGUGCUUAUUUCCCUGGUUAGUGAUAAUUGGACAUUUAUCUUGACAUUGUGUGUUCGAUUUGUUAAAAAGUUCAGUAUCCAAGCCUGAAAAUUGAAAUUUACACCUAACGAGAAAAGUUUCUUUAUGAUAAGAUGUGUUUGGAUAGUGUUAAAUGCUGAAGAGAAGUCUAAGAAAAGCACUCUGGCAUAUGUUUUAGGACUGUCUAGGUGAUGGUAAAAUCUCUCCAACAAUGUAGUAAGAUUGCAUCCUCCGUACUUCUGGAAGGAUUGUUAGCAAAUAGGUGGGGGCCACUUUUUUAUGUGCUUCAUUUCAAAUUUUUUCUCAGAAUAGGUUUCUAAAGACAAUUUAUUACAAUAGAGGUAAGAAUAAGAGAUCGUAAGUCGUUGUUGCGAGUUGCUUAAUUUUCUUUUGAAUUGGUGUGAUUUCUGAAGUUUUUCAAUUGGCUGGUAUUGUUGAUUGUACUAGCUGAACAUGAUCUUUAAUGUAGAACACAGAUGUACAUUGAAAGAAACGUCUCACUUAUAUCGAUGGAGCAGACUUUUAAUUUCUAGAUACAAGCAAUAUCAAUUUUCAGAAAAUUACUAAAAUGAAACGUCAGAGAAGUUAAAUAUUUGUCAUUAAAAAUACAUCAUUUUCGAUAUAGAUUUAACUUUUAAAAUGUAAUCGUUUAAUCAUAAAUAAGUUAAAUUAAUGUGUUCAAAAGACAUUCUCUUUUUGCAGAGAUUAAGAUUCCUGGGAAAUCUAAAUCAUUGAAGGAUUACACUUGUGUUAAUAAUCAAGGUCAUGAAAACUAUUAUCCCGUAAAAGAAUUCGAGGUAAAUAAUAUUGAUUCAAAAUACAGAAGCAAACAGUUACAUCAGUUAAUUUUGGAUAUGGCCGAUCUUACUGUAAGUGUUCUAGUCUCAUUCAAAAGUAAAAAAAGACCACAAAUCGACAGAACAGAAGAUGAAAUGUCUCCCAACAAUUAUAUCAAUGAGAAAAAAGGCUUUCGGCUAAAAACUGGAAUGAUUAUAAACCUUAUCAAAUAUUCAGGAAAAAAUAGCUCUCUUUGUCCUUGUCAAACAUGUAAAUUUUCUGGUGUACACAGUUCAUCUUGGGGUAAAGUAUUUGUACUCACCUCCAGCACUGUUGUUUAUGAUGAUAAUGAAGCAGAAAAAUCAUGUCUUAAUUUGUUUUACAACUCGCACUCUGAUGAGGCCCAUAUUUUAUAUGGCAGUUGUGUCAGUGAAAAGAAUGCUGAAGAAGGUUGGUGUAUAGUAGAGUGUGCAACAUGUGAUUCGACUUUACUAGACACGCUAGAUGCGACCAUCAAACGUUGCAGGUUUGCUAUGGCUGAGUUUAACAAAGAUACACCUAGGGAAACAACUAUGUUGGUUUGUAUAGUGUCUCACCCUCAUGAUUUUCCUAAACAAAUUACAAUGGGAACCACCAAAAAGAGGGAAUGUGUUGAAAGUAAAGAAUACACAGACUACACCAGAUACACUUACACAAAUACUACAUGUCAUGGCAGUGCUGGGGCAUUCGUCUAUAUUCAUGGAGUUAGUGAUAUUUUAGCUAGACAGUUUCACGUUCAUUUGGGUGUUACUGGAUCAGGUACUAACUACUGCAGUAUUGGAAAGGAAAACACAAUUCAAUAAUUAUGAUAAAUGGACAACAUGUUUAAAAAGAUGAUUAUUAUAAUCAUUAUAUUAUAAUAAUUACUAAUAUGUUGAUGUAUUACAACUCGUUUAUAAAGGUACUCAUUUAAUUAUUAUAUUUUCUUUUGGUUGGGUUUUUCAACAACAUUUAAUGUGAUAUUUGCUAGCUUAAAUAUUUAGCUACAAUGCUCAGCCGAAUGAUAGGAUCUUCUUUUCCCCAAGUUUUCGCUGGGCGGAGAUAGUAAUCCGCUUUAACAAGUCCACACCUUAUUUUAUGUUGUAAGAUCUAAAGAAAGCUACUCUUUGGCCGUAACUUGGUUAGACACUUUGUUUUUCACUAGUGUUGACCCUCUCCGUCUGAUUACCCCUUAGUGAAACUUCCCUCUAGAAGUAAGGGAGGAUUCACUAAUAAGUAUUCCCGUUGGUCUCUGACCCAUGAAGACAUCCCUUUAGAGGACUUUCAAAUACACAGCACAAAUGAAAGAGCCAAAAUAAUAAUGCGCUUGCAUUAAUGAAUGUUAAAUCCGUUUCUAUCAAACUCAUUCUAUAUAUUAUCUUAUAUUUAUAACUAUCAAAGAACAAUACUUACCUUGUCAUUUUUCACAAGUGACCUAUUUAUGAUAGAAAUUGAUGUAUCCGACUGUUUUGUGCUAUAAGUUAAUUUCACAACUUGAAAUGAUUCGAAGUAAAAGGGGAAGCCUUACACUUUUUUGUAUCAAUAAUGACUUGAUUAUAUUUAUUCUAAAUUAGAACUGUAAAAGCUAUAUUUAUGCAAAGGCGUAAAGAGGCGGGUGGAGCGGG